AUGUGGCAUCCCUGGGUCCACACCUGGGGUCAGUGGAGCGUCCCUGGGUCCCCCCCAAGGUCCCUGGGGCGUCCCAGGGUCCCCACAGGGUCCCUGGAACGUCCCUGGGUCCCCGCGGUGUCCCUGGAUCCCCUGGGGGGCCGGACCCCACUGGGUCCCCGCUUUGUUGCCAGACCCCGGGUACCCUAUGAGCCCUGGGUCCACCCCGGGGUUCCUGGUUGGACCCUGGGUCCCCGUCAUGGUCCCUGGUUCGGCCCUGGGUCCCCCACGUUGUCCCUGGGGGGCCGGACCUUGCUGGGUCCCUCCUUGGGUGCCGGACCUCGGGUCCCCCCUGGGGUUCCUGGAGCAUCCCUGGGUCCCCCCGCGGGGUCCCAGGGGCAUUCCUGGUUCUCCCCCGGGGUCCCUGGGGCGUCCCUGCGUCCCCUCCGGGGUCCAUGUGGCAUCCCUGGGUCCACACCUGGGGUCGGUGGGGCAUCCCUGGGUCCCCCCAAGGUCCCUGGGGCGUCCCAGGGUCCCGACAGGGUCCCUGGAACGUCCCUGAGUCCCCGCGGUAUCUUUGGGGUGUCCCUGGAUCCCCUGGGGGGCCGGACCCCACUGGGUCCCCGCUUUGUUGCCAGACCCCGGGUACCCUAUGAGGUCCCUGGGGUGUCCCUGGGUCUACCCCUGGGUUACCUGGGGAUUCCCUGGGUCGCCCCCCGGGUUCCCUGGGGAGUCCCUGGGUUCCCCCCGGGGUCCCUGGGGCCUCCCCGGGUCCCCACACGGGGUCCCUUGGGCAUCCCCGGGUCUACCCCCGGGGUCCCUGUGGUCUCUGGGGUGUCCCUGGGGGUCCCUGGGGCGUUCCAGGGUCCCCCUUGGAGUCUCUGCAGCGUCCCUGAAUCUACCCCCGGGGUCCAUGGGGCAUCCCAGGAUUUCCCCUGGGGUCCCUGGGGCGUCCAUGGUCUACCCCCGGGGACCCUGGGGCCACCCUAUGUCUCCCUGGGGUCCCUGGGGAGCCACUGGGUCCCCCCUUCAGUGCCGGACCCCGGAUCCGCCCCCCGGGGUCCCUGGGGCAUCGCUGGGUCUACCCCCGGGGUCCCUGUGGCACCCUGCAUUCCCCCUGGGGUCCCUGGGGCGUCCCUAGGUCCCCCUGGGGUUUAUGGGGUGUUCCUGGGUCUCCCCUGGGGGGCUGGGCCCUGCUGGGUCCUCUGUUCAGUGCCGGACCCCAAGUCCCUCCUGGGGUCCCUGAUCUCCCUGGGGUCCCUGGGGCGUCCCUGGGUUUCCCCUGGGGCGCCCCUGGGUUUCCCCUGGGGUGGCUGGUUUGGCCCAGGGUCCCCACCGGGGUCCCUGGUUCUGCCCAGGGUCCCCCCUGAGGUCCCUGGUUCGGUCCUGGGUCCGCCCCGAGGUCCCUGGGGCAUCCCUGGUUCCUCCCCCGAGAUCCCUGGAUCGGGUCUGUCUCCCCGCCGGGACCCUGGUUCAGCCAAGGGUCGCCAUCGGGGUCACUGGUUCGGCCCUGGGCCCCCCGGAACCCGCUGGGUCCUCUCUUCAGUGCUGGACCCCGCGUCCCUCCUGGGAUCCCUGUUCCCCCGGGAUCCCUGGGCCAUCCCUGGGUUUCCCUGGGGUCGCUGGUUCGGCCCUGGGUCCCCACCGGGUUCCCUGGUUCGGCCCAGGGACCCCCCGAAGUCCCUGCUUCAGCCCUGGUCCCCCCCCCGGAGUCCCUGGGGCGUCCCUGGUUCCUCCCGCGGGGUCCCUGAUUCGGGCCUGGCUCCCCUCCGGAACCCGGGUUCGGCCCUGGGUCCCCAACGGGGUCACUGGUGCCCAUGGGGUCCCUGGUUCAGCCAUGGGUCCCUACCGGGGACCCUGAUUCGGCCCUGGGUCCCCCCCCGGGGUCCCUGGUUCGGCUCUGGGUCCAACCUGGGGUCCCUGGUCCGGCCCUGGGUCCCCACCCCGGUGUCCCUCGUUCUGCCCUGGCCCCGGGAUCCCUGGGGCAUCCCUGUGUGCCCCCAGGGUCCCUGGAGCAUCCCUGGGUCCCCCCCGGGUUCCCUGGAGCAUUCUCGGGUACCCCUGGAGUUCCUGGGGCAUCCCUUGGUCCCCGGAGGUCCCUGGGGAGACCCUGGAUCCGCUCCCGGGGUCCAUGAGGCGUCCCUGGGUCCCCCAUGGGGUCCGUGGGGCAUCCCUUGGUAUCCCAAAGGGGUCCCUGGGGCGUUCGAGGGUCCCCUUUGGGCUCCCUGGCACGUUCCUGGGUCUACCCCCGGGGUUCUAGAGCAUUUCUGGGUCCCCUCUGGGCUCGAUGAUUCUUCCAUGGGUCCCCACAGAGGUCCGUGGUUCGGCCCUGGAUCACCCCCGAGGUCCCUGGUUCGGCCCUGGGUCCCCACUGGGGUUCCUGGGUCGCCCCUGGGUCCCGCUGGGGUCCCCACUGUGGUCCCUGGGGAGUGCCUGGGUACCCCUGGUGACAGUGGGGCAUCCCUGGGUCCCAUCUGGGGGGCCAGACUACGCUGGGUCCCCCUGUCGGGCAUCCCUGGGUCCCCCCUGGGGUUCGUGUGGUGUCCCUUCGUCCCUCUUGAGGGGCCGGACCACACUGGGUACCCCCUUCGGUGCCGGACCUCGAGUCCCCCCUGGGGACCCUGGGGAGUCUGUGGGUCCCACCUUGGGACCCUGGGGCGUCCCUGGGUCUCCCUAGGGUACCUGGUUCAGCCCUGGGUCCCCCCAGGGUCCCUGGAGCAUCUCUUCAUCCCCCCGGGGUCCCUGGGGCAUCCCUGCAUCCCCCGCCAGGGUCCGUGGUUCGGCCCGGGUCCCUGGUUCGGCCUUGGGUCCCCCACGGGGUCCCUGAUUUGGCUCUAG